GACCCCGGAUGUGUUUCCUCCCAGGCUGGCCUCCCCCCCCCACCUUCCGGCCGGAGCCGCCGCUACCGCGGAAAGCUUGACUCUGGUUUCUGAGUCGAUUGUGACCAUGGCUGCCGAGUCUGACGUUCUGCACUUCCAGUUUGAACAACAAGGAGAUGUAGUCUUGCAGAAAAUGAAUCUCUUGAGGCAGCAGAAUUUAUUUUGUGAUGUGUCAAUUUAUAUUAAUGACACUGAGUUCCAGGGGCACAAGGUGAUUUUAGCUGCUUGCUCCACCUUUAUGAGAGAUCAGUUUUUACUCACGCAGUCAAAACAUGUCAGAAUCACCAUCUUGCAGAGUGCAGAAAUUGGCAGAAAAUUGUUGCUCUCUUGCUACACUGGAGCACUUGAAGUUAAAAGGAAAGAGCUUUUGAAAUAUUUGACUGCUGCCAGUUACCUUCAGAUGGUUCACAUUGUGGAAAAGUGCACAGAAGCUUUGUCAAAGUAUUUGGAAAUUGAUCUUUCUAUGAAAAAUAACAAUCAGCAUGUUGACCUGUGUCAAUCCUCUGAUCCAGAUGUUAAGAAUGAAGAUGAAAAUUCAGAUAAAGACUGUGAGAUCAUUGAAAUUUCAGAAGAUAGUCCUGUAAACAUAGAUUUCCAUGUUAAAGAAGAGGAAAGCAACAUUUUACAGUCUACAGUAGAGAGCUUGACAGCAGAGAGAGAGGAAAUGAGAUCACCAGAGCUGUCUUCAGUAGACAUGGGUUUUAAAGACAAUGAAAUUCGUAUCCUCCAUGUGGAAUCUAUCAGUACUGGAGGUGUAGAAAAUGGAAAGUUUUCACAGCCUUGUACCUCUUCAAAAGCAAGCAUGUAUUUCCCAGAAACACAGCAUUCACUGAUCAAUUCUACAGUUGAGAGCAGAGUGACAGAAGUUCCUGGGAAUCAAGAUCAAGGCUUAUUUUGUGAGAACACUGAAGGAAAUCAUGGUCCAGUGAAUGAGAUUCAGAAUCUAGAGGACGCUUUUUCCCUGAGGCACCAGUGCCCCCGGUGCCCUCGAGGGUUUCUUCACGUAGAGAAUUAUCUGCGCCACCUUAAGAUGCAUAAGUUGUUCUUGUGCUUACAGUGUGGGAAAACAUUUACACAAAAGAAAAAUCUCAACAGGCACAUUCGAGGGCACAUGGGCAUACGGCCCUUUCAGUGUACUGUGUGCCUGAAGACAUUUACUGCGAAAAGCACACUUCAGGACCACUUGAAUAUACACAGUGGGGAUCGGCCAUACAAAUGCCACUGUUGUGACAUGGAUUUCAAGCACAAAUCUGCCCUCAAAAAGCAUUUAACUUCUCUCCAUGGCAGAAGCAGUGGUGAAAAACUACCCAGGCAUGAUCUGGAAAAGCAAAACCUACUGUAACUAAAACCACACCUUAUUAUGAGACUUCUCUGCCAGAGCUGCCAUUCUCUCUUUGAGAUAAAGCUGAAGCCUUUUUUUAGAUUCUGAAAACUUAUCAACAGUUCUAACAGACAUUUAUUAUGUUCUUCAUUCAUUUUUUCUCUCUGCCUUGCCUUGGAAAGCAUGGCCACCCUCUGACCAACUCUGCCUCCCCCUUGGGGAGCAUCUCUGCUAUCCACAGGGUCUGCUGCAGCUUCUGCUCUGCCAGUUCCAGGAGUUCCUGCAACUGGUGGUUUUCAGCCUCAAUUUCACGAACACCUCGUCGCAGUUUUGUGCUCACUUCCUUAGAUUUGAUGAGGUCUUCUCUGGCAGUGUACAGAUCUUCUUCCAGCUCUGUCACGUGAGUUGAGAGGACUGCCAGGCGCUCCCUCAUCUGGCUCUUCCCUUUUGACUACUUGUCUGUGAUUUCUUGGAGCUCCAUGAAUAUAGUGGGGUCGUCCUCAUGAGAACCAUCAGAAGAUCUCCACAGAGAUCAGGUUCCUGCAGGUCUCUGCCAUCACACCCUUGUACAAGGCCCUCUAAGCAGAGUCCAGGCAUUCCCACUCUUGAAGGAAUUCAAUGGCCGUGUCCUCAAAGGUCAACCGUUCCUGAGAAAAAGCCAUUCCAGACUCCAGUUUUUUCCUUUUCCAUAGGCCACGUGAGUCUUUGGAAAUUUAUCUUGAAAGUUUGAAAGAUGUUGUUUAUUGUUAGAAUCAACAUACCCCUUCCUGUGCACAACUAUACAUACAUGGAUGACCUCACCAUGUGGAAUAGACAGUCCUCUGCUGCCCACAGUCACAAGAGGGAUUCAGCACAGCAAACUCACAGAGACCAACAAGUGAGGUUUCCGACACUUCCCUUCAGAUCAGGCUCGCCUGGGAGUUUCCUGGUGGCCUAGUGAAUGGUUAGGAUUCUGAGCUCUCACUGUUAUGGCCUAGGUUCAAUUCCUGGUGAGGAAACAGGUCCCGCCAGCCAAAAAACUUUCCUCUAUGUAAGAAGAGGAGGAUAAGACUCUCAGGCCUGGAAUAAGUCAGAGCAGUAAUGGCAACGUCUGAUUUACUUGAGGCAGAGGACCAGAUACUGGGAUUUGAGGUCCCUGGAGGGUUCCACAUCAACCUGAAGUAUAGCGGGGUACCAUGCAGCACAAAUUUACAUUAGAAGCCCUCCUUAAGUGUUUUAUUCCAUAUUUUCAGAAAUGUGCCAAAAGCAAAACCAGGAUGUGUGGUUAUUUUAUCGAGAGUAAUAUUAAGAUGGUGUCAACGAGACAUGGCUUUCUAAUAUCCCUGUCUGCAUGUAAUACAAAAUGUUUUGUUGUUAUAACAAGAUUUAAACAAACUGCAGGGCAAAUCAUACUUUCUAAAACACAGGAACUACUUUUAGUAAAGAAGCCUGACUGGAUACAUCUUAUUUAAAGAUGUUCUGUUCCUCCUCCACUCACCUGAGCUUUAUAUAGAACUUCUGCUACGUUUAGUUUCUGUAGGGCUUCCCUUGUGCUCAGUCGGUAAAGCAUCUGCCUACAAUGCGGGAGACCUGCGUUCGAUCCCUGGGUUGGGAAGAUCCUCUGGAGAAGGAAAUGGCAACCCACUCCGGUACUCUUGCCUGGAAAAUCCCAUGGAUGGAGGAGCCUGGUAGGCUACAGUCUAUGGGGUCGCAAAGAGUCGGACACAACUGAGUGACUUCACUCACUUUAGUUUCUGUGGAAGCCCUUUCACAUUUUAAAAUGUAAUAUACUUUGUACCAUUUAAUGUAUUUUGUGAUGAAUCACGUUGAUUGUAUAAGUGUUAAGUAUCCUUUUUGUGAUGCUUUGUGAAAAAUAAAUUCUUUAUAGAUUUUUAACUCUGGGAAAGAUUUUAAAUAAUCCAGCUCUCAUAUUGGAUAAGAAAAACAACUUCAUAACAUCCAGGUCAGUAGUAGGUCACCUCUCCUUGAGCUUUCCAUAAGUUUAUAUGUAAAAUGACAACUUCGAUUUUGACAAAGUAAGAUCAUUUCCAGGUCUAAAAUUCUUUGAUUUUAUAUGUAAAUCUUCCUGAAUUUCUAAGGACAGAGAAGAUGGAAAAGCCAGGGAGGAGAGUUUUGUGUCUUUAUGAAUGUUGCUACUUGAAUACUCCAUUGGAGGGAGAAUUUUUCUGAAUUAAACUUUUUCUUCCACUGGAGAAUUUGAUAGCACAAUGUUCAGUUUUCUUUCUCAUUUGACCUAUGAUUGGCCAUUUUUAGGCAUGAGAACAUUUUCCUUUCAGAAAUACUUUAUGAUUAAAGUACUCUUAUUUUUGCUUCCUAGAAUGAAGUUUUGUGGGGGAGGGAUGGAGAUGAGAGGGAGAGUAAAAGAAUAGAAAUAAACUGUUUUGUUUUUUAGAAAUUGGUAUCUAUCUUUGAUGUUUGAAAAAAGUAAUGGUUGUACUAUGUUUUUGCUUUAUGUGUGCCUUGUAAAAUUCUUGUGUAAUUUUUUGUAAGCUCUUUGAGACUUGCUUAUGGGGGCAGGGCUGUUUUGUGAAAGUGAUGGUUGUUAUUUAUUAUUAUUUAUUCCUGUUCAGUAGCACAGAGUGAUCUCAGGUCAUUCCUGGGGGAGUGUAUGCUUGCAUGAUGUAUCUAAACAAUUUCAGGAAAAUGAAAUCAUUUUUUAAAAUGCAAAGUAAAGUAUGGCAACGUAAAAUGUUGAAUUUAUUCAUUGAAAACGUUCCCUUUUAGUUCUUUGUGGUUUCUGGUAUGAUGGGAAAAGUAUGCAGUGUUUUGGUUCAGCUUCUUCAUUUACUGGAUUUAUGUAUAAAAGAUCUUGGAGAGACAGUUGUUAGUUUGGUGUAAAAGAAAAUCCUUGCCCUUUUCCCCUGGAUGUAACUAUUCUAUAUGUUUACAUAAGAAAUAAUAAACUGGAAAUGGGAAUGGG